GUAGCUCUAGAGGGGUUAAAGUAAAAUGGCGGCCGACAGGGCUGGUGGUAAAGAGAAGGCAGGAAUAGGACCGGUUAGAGUAGGAUAUUAUGAAAUGGAACGAACUAUCGGUAAAGGAAAUUUUGCUGUGGUGAAAUUAGCAACCCAUAUUGCCACCAAAACAAAGGUCGCCAUUAAAAUUGUGGAUAAGAGCCAACUUGACGAAGAUAAUCUCGGGAAAAUUUACAGAGAAAUAGAAAUAAUGAAACUACUGAGACACCCCCAUAUAAUACGUCUGUACCAGGUCAUGCAAUCAGAGAGAAUGUUAUAUUUAGUCACGGAGUAUGCCAGUGGAGGAGAAAUAUUUGAUCACUUAGUUGCUCAUGGAAGAAUGAAUGAGAAAGAAGCCAGGAAAAAGUUUCACCAGAUUGUGUCUGCUGUGGCCUACUGCCAUAAUCGAGGUGUUGUACAUAGAGAUUUGAAAGCAGAGAACUUGUUGCUGGAUGCCAACCUUAACAUCAAAAUAGCUGAUUUUGGUUUCAGUAAUUUCUUCAGCCCAAAAACAUUAUUGAAAACAUGGUGUGGAAGUCCACCUUAUGCUGCUCCUGAGUUGUUUGAAGGUGUAGAGUAUGAUGCUCCUAAAGUAGAUGUUUGGAGUCUGGGUGUAGUAUUGUAUGUGCUUGUUUGUGGAGCCUUACCAUUUGAUGGAAGUACAUUACAGAGUCUACGUAACAGAGUUUUAGCUGGGAAAUAUAGGAUACCUUUUUAUAUGACCAGAGAUUGUGAAAAUUUAAUUAGUAACAUGCUGGUAGUAGACAGUGAGAAAAGGUACACCAUAGCCCAGAUAAUUCAACAUUCUUGGAUGAGGGCAGGCUAUGAUGAAUGUGAUGAGUUGCUAGAUAAUGGAGCUUGUGAUGAGGAACACAAUACCCCGAUAGACUCUGAGCUGGGACAACAGAUCUUAAAUCACAUGGCCAGUUUAGGUCAAGAUAUUCAGACUACAAUCAAGUCUGUGGAAUCCAAUAGUUUUGACCACCAUAGUGCAAUCUAUCAUCUUCUGGCUGACAAGUUUAGAAAACAUCCUAGAUCAAUGGCGUGUAAACCUCAGUCUACCAUCCAAUCCUCCCCCCUUCCUAUACUCACUAGAUCAGAGAGACGGUCCAGUAUUACAACAGGAAUUGUUGAAAGGGUUGAAGCUGAGAAUACAGAGCAAUCAUUAACUAUUCAGGCUACAUCAUCAUCAUCAUCACCCGUAUCAUCAGCCUCACCAAUUUCAGCACUAUCAGCUCACCUAAGUGCUUUAGCGGCUUUCCGCAGUCAGUAUACUCAGUUUGAAGACAGUAGCAAUCAAUCAGAUUCAGAUGAGGAGCCCUCUCCAGAGGCUCUUGCAAGGUACCUUGCCAUGCGCAGACAUACAGUAGGAGUUGGAGACCCCAGACAUGAGGUCACUGAUGAUCUUCGGGUCAAGUUGCCCCCUUAUUAUCCUCUGAUGCCUCAAGCAGUAGCCUCCCCUUAUCUUCCUCCUGUAGAUAUUGAUGUUUCUGAGCAGUCCCAGUGUCUUCCUGUCAUGUCCACUUGGACACAUAACCCUUUACUAAUGACCACAAAUUAUCUACAUCCUUCUGAAAACUCCAAUCUACUUAGACCACCUGUAGUCUUUGGACCAGCUUCCUCUUUUCUCGGCCGUCGGGCAUCUGAUGGCGGGGCCAACAUACACCUCUUCUCUCACUUUCAACGUCAAUUUUAUGCCAACAGUCAGCCAGGUAGUCAUGAGGGACUUCCACAGUCGCUGUCACCUACAGGAAUACCUCUGCCUACUCCUUCCCUACACAACAGUGUUACCGUAGAGGAAUCAGAGGAACCAGAUUCAGACUCUAUACUUGAGUACAUGUCUACCAGAGGUGUCAACAAACGUCACACUCUAGCAAUGGUCAGUGCUGAAGAACUACAGCAGAAACUAUCACUACAGCAGCCAAUGAGGUCACGGAGAUCUUCUGGUCUUUUGUCCCCAUCAGAGAGGACAUUCUACCGAGACUCAUUUAAAGACGUCCAUGCUUUACAUCUACCUAGUGAAAGGUUCUCACCUGUCAGACGAGCCAGUGAUGGUACUGCAAUAUCUGGAAAACAUCAGUCCCACUUGGAGAGCCUCUACAAUCAAACAGUUAGUCAUGGAACCAGCCAACCAACUACUUCACACAGCAGCUUGAAACAGUUACAGUUAGAGUGCCAUGAGCUGCAGAAACAAUCAGGUUGUGUCCCAGCAGAGAAACAGGCAGAGUUACAACAGCAACAUGCCCUCCAUAGAUUACAGAAGCAUUCACUACAGACCAGUUUGUGUGGAUCACCAAUUCCAUCUCCUCCUCCUUCCAGCUCUCCUUCCUUUGUGUCCUCUAGACCACUCUCACCAGAGUCUUCACUAUUGUAUCAGCAGUUGCAACAGCUUCAGUUGCAUCACAUAGCCACUGCUGGUGGAUCACCAUCAACCUCACCUACGCCCUCAGGGCUGCAAAGAGCAUCACCUCCAUUGCUGUCUGGGGGAAUAACCUCAGGUUUUCCAAUCUCAGGAAUCAAGCCUUCAGCAGGAGGCAUUACUUCAGGCAUUCCUCAUCAAUUUGGAGGGAUUACUUCUGGCAUUCCACAUCAGUAUACCAUGAAAACUGGAGGAAUAACAUCAGGCUUGCCAAUUUCAUCUGUACUAGGGUCACCAUCUUCAGGGAGCAUAGUCUCUGGCAUUCCCAGUCCAGCAGCUCUUGGACAGAGCCCUACAAGUUCCUCCAACUGUGUGAGUGCUGAGCCAGGCUCUAUUCCUGCUUAUAGUUUCACACAGAUGAUGCAGGGACUUCAGUCUGGCUCAGAUACACCCCCAGAGAACUUUUCUAAGUUGCUUCAGACCUUGCAGAGCCCUCGGCUAUCAUCGUCUGGUAAUGUAGGUCAGAACAGCUACUUUGUAGAUCCAUCUUGUGGUAGUGCGCGCUACAUCGGAGGCUUUCAGAGAAGCUCAGACUCUCCACCCCAUCUGACUGCUGGCAUAUAUCCUGGUAUGCUUCAGAACUAUGUACAGAGAUCCUCACCCCCAUCAAGUUUCCAAAAUUUACAUAUGAUCAGAGAGGAUGCAGGGGAUGUCAUGGACAAUGGAACAGAAGAUUUUGAAGAAGAUAUUGAGGAAAUGGAAGACUUUGAGGUUGAUGUCAGAAGUGGUGAGUUUUCUAAAAGGAAAUCAGUCAUACAACACCAGCCUCUUACACCAACUUCAUCAUCAGAGCUGGAUCAGUACUUCCAAGAACCAGAGUCUCCUGACCAAGCUCACCAUGAGAGAUAUGCUUUGUCUAGGAAGCAUCACUAUGCUAAAAAUCCUCAAAUCAGCAUCACAGAUGCUCAUGGUCAUGUGACAGAUGUGAUAACAACUGAUCCUAGUGACAUGUCUGAUGACCGGUUAGACAGCCCCAGAAAUUCUGUGACAAAGAACUUGUCUGGUGUGGAUGUGUCUAUGUCUAGUGCUGGUUCUCAGUUCCAUCAACUUCAUCAGCACUGUGCCAACCAGCAGAAACUCAAACAGCUCUUUAACCCAUCAUGGGUAAACACCAAUCUGGCCAGCAUACCUGGCACUUCAGUUACAGUGACAUCCAUUGGCCAGUCCUCAUUCCUUCCUUACACUCCUCCCACUUCCAGAUCAGAUGCUUUUGCUGGCUCAUCCUAUAUGGCAAUGCCAGGUGCUGGGUCAGCCAUGAGGCAUCGAACUUCUGCCUCUUGGUUGCGGAGGCAUGCCAAUGGCUUCCAUCACCACCAUUCGCAUCACCACCAACACCAGCUUGCUUCAGAGGCUUCAUGUGAUAUAUACAGUCCACUCUACGUUCCUCAGAUAAGCGAUUCUUUGAGUUUCAUGUCAUUUGGAGGUGAAGCAAGAAGCUACCAGAACAAAGCCAUCCCUUUAUUAUCAGCACGAGCAGUUUCUCCAACAUGUUUCCCUCCAAGCCAUCUGGACAAUGCAUGCUCCACCAAUGAUAUCUCCAUUGAACAUUCCAUGAAUGUAUCAACACAUUCCUUGCCUUCAUCACCAGCUACAUCCCCUGUGCCAGUAUCUUCCCCGCUGCAUGAUCGUUCACCAUUGCAUGAUCGUUCACCUUCACCACGCAGCUCCUCUUCACCGUCCCCUCCACAAAUAACUCCAUCUUUCAAUACUUUAUCCUCUUCAAGGCCUUCGUCUCCCCUCUUUCCUUCUGUUGGACCUUCUCCAUCUUCAUCAUCCCCCACUUAUGGUUGCUACUCACCUGCAACCUCACCAUUCCCCACUCCCACCAACACACCCCGACCUUCUAUUUGCAACACUGAUUCUGGCCACUCAGAGAUGGAGCAUGAUUUAUCUCCCUUUUCUGAUGAACCCAAUAUGUCCUCAAUUCUGUUGGAAAUUAAAACAACUCAUAGGAAGAGUGUUGAAGAUGUUCUUCAAGCUGUAAAGGCUGCUUUAGACUCCAUUUGUCCACAAGUUGACUAUCAAUGUUCAGAGACUUCCUUUAAACUUAAUGGACACAGUGAUCUACAAAUGGAACUUGAAGUCUGUAGCAACAGAGAUGGUCAUGUUCCCGGCCUUCAGGUACGAAAACUCUCUGGAAAUAAUUUGGAGUAUGCCAAAUUAUGCAGCCAUCUAAUGGCUUGUGUCAACAACUAAUUUUUUCUGUACAUACUCCACCAUGUCUGUUGGCAUUACUGAUACUUUGAGCAUGUGCAGUAAUUGGAUAGCAUUAGACUGACUCAAAUCAACAUGGCCUUUGUUAACAAAUAAUUUUGAAUCAUGCUUUCAGUUUCAGAACAAAAAAAAAGAUAUUUAAUAUGUAUGUGGGGAAAAGUAUUUAUGUGUAUUCAUUGGAUUUCAACUUUGACAUCUUUUUUUAAAAUAUAUUUUUUAUGUUUUAGUAAACUGAAACUUGACUAUUAAAAAAAGAAAAAGAAAUACAUUUCUUCCAUGGUGCUUGGAGCACUAGAAACUAGUCAGUCAACAGAGUGUGAACUAAGAUCAUAUUUGAAACCUCUAGUAGUCAGAAAUGUUUUUUUUAUGUUUCUUUAUUUCUUUGUAUGCUACAACUAUUGUCUUUAAACAAAAUCCAAAAACAAUACAAUUCAGAUUUAAUCUUUGUCUUUUAUUUAUUUUGUUUUUCCUCAACUUCAGUUGUUAGUGGAUCUGAACAUUUAGAGAGCAUUAAUAUUCUGAAAAGAUGCCUUAUACAAUUUUUUUUUAUGUUUAAAAAUUAGCAUAUUAAAAUUAUUGAAAACUGAAAUAGGACUAAUUCAUACAAAAGUGGACACAUAUUUAUAUGAUUUAAUUAUUGUGUACUGUACUUAAAUUUUAAAAUUUACUUUGUGUUUGUAAUAGCCUUUUUAUGUCCAUUAUUUUUGUCCAGAUAAUCUGACUUGAAAUUUUAAUAAAUAGCUUAUCAGUCAUUUUAGAUCAAGACAGAAAAUAAUGGGCUGUAAACUUGUUUUAGAGUAAUGCUUAUUUUUGUAUUGUUUAGUUGUAUGACUUAUUAUUGAAAUAAUGAAAACCAAAGCAACUAAAUGGCAAAGACAAACUUUCACCAAUGAACUUCUGGCAACUUUCUUUCUUCUGCAUUAGGUGUUUAGUAAGAUUAGUUAGUCCUAUUCACUGGUCAUUUAAUUUUCUCUGAGCUAUGUACUGGGGUUUUUAAUUUUUCAGCAUGAGUUCAGAGUUUGUCAACCAAAUCCCAUGUCCAACUUAGCACUAAAUUGUGCUGCCUAGAGAUAUGAGACUAUAUCUGCAGUUCUAUUGGUAUUUUGUUGUUGUCUGUCUGAAGAAGAUAAUGUUUUGUGUCAAUAAAUUUAAAUAGUAUUAAUAGUCUGUAAACAUUGUCUAUAAUGGCAAGAUUUUUUUUUUUAUUUUUUAAUAGGAAGUUAUGAACAUGAAAUGACACUCAACAUUUAUUUUUUAAUUUGUUUUUAUUUAUUUAAUUAGUUAUAAGGUUUGAUGAUAGCAAUAUAGUUUCUGUUUAACAUUCACAUAGAACAAAUUUCUUGAUAUUAUAAACACUAUUGUUAAUUUUCUUAGUGAUUUGUAGUUUUGCUGUUUAUUAUAUUUCUUAAAUCUUUCAUUAUUUUGUUCAUUAUUCCUAGCCCUAGGUUUUGUUGACCUACAGGUACUAACAUCUUACUUAAAUAUCUUACCAAGAAGUGAAUGGGUUGUCAAGAAAACUAGCACUGAACCACACGCAUCAAAUUAUUUCUUUUUUAACUAGUGACUUGAUCUAAAGAGACUGUCUCCAAUCUCAUCCUAAUUUCAAUGACAUGAUAAGUGUGAUCAUUUUUGUUUGCUUUAACCAACAUGUGUACAUUGUAAGAAAACUCUCCAGUUAUGACUUAAGGCUCUUUCAGAUUCAUUCUUGGAAAAAAAAACUUUUGGUGAAAUUUAUUUUAUUUUGUUCUCAAUACAGUGGUGAACCAAUACCAGAUCUCUAUUUUGUUAACAAAAGCACCACAUUAUGGAGUGGAUACUAUACAUUAAUUGAUAUAUACUUCCCACUAAGCCCAUAAUUAUAAAAAUCUAGUUUUUUUUAUUUUCAUGUAAAACAGGCAACCUUAUGCCAUGUUGUUGUUUUUUUAAAUGACUAUUUCACUGAUUAACCAACUGUGUGAUACAUUAGACUGUGAAAAGAAUAUUGAUAGUCUCACGGAUUUCAGCUAUGGCAUCAAAAGUUCAUCAGUUCUAAUUUUUGAGAUCUAAACAGAUCAAGUGCCAAACUAUUGUAAUUUAGUACUGUCUGAAACUUCACUGACUGUGCUUAAGUUAGCACUAUGGCUUGGAAAAUUGCCUGACGCCACCUAAAUUAGUUGGAGUUUUGUUUCUGCAGUAUAAGUAUUGAAUCCGAUAUAUAUAUACAGUUCUAAUGGAUAGAUGUGUAUUGAAUGAAAUGAUUUUGAUAUGCAUUUCUUGUUGAUCCUUAUGUUAUGUUAUGUUGUAAUGAAACACAAAGAUAAAGAUCACAUUUUUAACUUAAAUGUCACAAUUAUUUAAACUUAUUUAUUUAUUUGUUCUCUUUGGUAACUUAACAAAAACACUUUCUUAAUAAUGUGCCUACAUUUUGUUUUCUCUUUGAAUGAACCUCUUUGCAGUAGACAAGUCAACAUUUGACUGCAACUUCUACUUGUGGCUGUGUACAUUUGUGUGAUAUGUUUUAAUUCAAUUACUUUACCAAUGUUAUUCAAAAUAGUGAUGAUGGCUCACUGAAUGGUAGGGAGGUUACUCUGUGAUAUUCAGAUUUGUUUCUAAAUUUAGUAGACUCCAAAUACAGUGUAAUAAGAAACUAUAGAUUGUUUUCAUCUAUUAAAAGAUAAAUAUUCUUAUGAAUUUCAUAUCAUUCCAUGGGCUGGCACUACAAUUCAACUUGUUUGUCUAAGAUGUUCUAGAAUUUGUCCAUGUACUGGCAACAACUAGUUGCACUUGAACUGUAUCCUGCUGUGAAGUUACAUCAGUAUUCAAGUAUGUACAUAGAAUUUUCCAUCACUAAUAUAACUGUAGAAUCUAGAAGUUUGCUUUGAUUUGACCCAAUUUGGUCCUCAAAAGAAAUGAUCCAGUAAAAUUUAAUUUCCCAUGAACUAUGACCUGAAUACACAUAUGACUAAAUCAUUGAGGGUGGCCUAAUACACUAAUGGGAUUAAGGAAUAAAUGGUAAAUAUGUCCAUGGAACCCACUGUACACUGGAUUAUGACAUGUUUUUAAACUGCUCUGUUCAAAAUUUAAAAUUGACUGGCUACACUUAAUGUUGUUCAUUUUCUAGCAUUCUCUGGAUUUUUUUUUUUUUAAUAUGCAGAAAAUUAAACAUAUUCAGGUUGCUUAUUAGUACCAUAUACAGAAAUUAAUGUGUGUUAGUGUAUGGUACCAAAUUAGCCAUGUGAAUUACCUUAUGAUAUUUACUCUUUAAACAAAAAAAUGGGUUAGUACAUAUUAGUUGUUUGCAAGUUGAACUUACAAAUACAUCUGUAUAUAAACAUUAAUUUCUUUACAUUUAGAUUCACACUUAUCUGGUUAGUCUGCUAAAUUAAAUUUGCAAGAUUUGCCUUCCAGAGUGUCACAGUGCAGCAAACAGAGAAUAUUCUUAUCAGAAUACCAGUAUUUAUUUACACUCUUAAAUUCAGAUUAACGAGUAUGUUUGUUUGUUUUACAUGUUACUUCAGAGUAGAAGGUAAUCUUCAUCCUAGCCCCAAACUCAGACAGGGUAUGAACCGCAUCAUACCCCAGACCAUCUGUCAGGCAGCCAUCCUUUUGAGCAAGCCCCAUUUCACCAUUCAAAUUUUUAAAAAUUGGAAUAAUGUUCUACUGGGAAUUAUUCCAUAUUAGAAGCCCCAACACAACCAAAAGUUGUUAAUGUAAUGUAUUAGUAUUAUGAUAGUUUUACAUUUAAAUAUGUAUGCAAUUUAUAUACGACUUAAAUCUAAUUAAAUGAUACAUUUUAUAGUUUGGGUUAUGUUGAUGUUGUUUGCUGAUGAUGUACACAAGUUUUCUAGGUUUUUUUUUUUUUUUAAUAUAUAUUUGCUAAUAAUGUUAGUUAGCAGGGGCUGGUCUAAUAGGUAGACAUUGUUGAUUUUUUGGGUCUAAAGUUCUGGUAUAUGUUAGUUGAUGGUGAAAUGAAUGUUGUAACUUGGUGAAGGGGACAAAACUCACUUGUCCACACUCUUUUGAAACUGUGCACCUCUACUAUUAAACUAUAUGGUAAUGUUUUGAAACAAAAUACAUUUUGAACUGUACAUUCUCAUGACCUUCAAGACUUCCAGUGUAUAAAGAAACAGUUUUACACUAAA